AUGAAACACUUUCUCAGAUUCUUGAUUCUUCUAGCUCUAUUUUAUUUAGUAGAAUCUUCAUGUGAAGACCAAACCUUAAUUUCAAAGGCUUUCAAAUCUGUCUCUGGUUUCAACUCUUCAACUUUAUUCCAAACAAGAGGCUCCUCCAACUGUUCAAACUCUCGUAUCACUCAAAUAGUUCUUCCCUCCAAAAAUCUAACCGGAACAAUUUCAUGGGCUUACCUCAAAAACAUGUCAAAGUUACAAAUUCUUGACCUCUCAGAAAAUUCCCUACAAGGCCACAUACCAAGCUGGUUUUGGUCUAGUUUUUCAUCCUUACUAGAAAUAAACCUCUCAAGAAACAGAUUCGGAGGAAGCAUCACCGUUGAGUUGAAAAACACAUCAACAAUUGAAAACCUCAAUCUCUCACACAACAGGUUCAGUAAUUUAGUUCAACUUUCUACCUUCCAAAACCUUAAAAUCCUCGACCUUUCACACAACAACCUAAGAACACUUCCCUUUGGUAUCCAAAACCUCACCAAAUUACAACACCUUGACCUUUCAAGCUGCAAUAUCAAAGAUAACAUAAAACCAAUCUCUUCUUUACUCUCGCUUCAUUACUUAGACUUAUCCAACAACAAUUUAACCGGAACUUUCCCUACGGAUUUUCCGGCAAUUAACAAUCUCAAAUUCCUCAACAUUUCAAACAACAACUUCACCUUUAACAAGCCAAACCAAAAUCCAGAGGAACUCAUUAUCAUUCAUAGAAAACAAACCAAACCAAAAACCAAAAGAUUCAUCCUCGCAGUGUGUUCUACACUAUCCACACUCGCUAUAGCUCUUGUUUUCAUUUGGGUUAUCCGUAUAAUUCUCAAAAAGAGGAAACAACGUUCAAAGAAGAAGAAAUGGGCAAUCUCAAUACCAGGCACGAUGAACACAAAGGUGGAUAAAACAGGACCGUUUGAGUUUGAAACAGAGUCCGGCUCAACAUGGGUAGCAGAUGUGAAAGAACCAACAUCUGCACCCGUGGUGAUGUUCGAGAAGCCAUUGAUGAACUUGACCUUCAAGGAUCUCAUUGUUGCCACGUCACAUUUCGGGAAAGAGUCGCAGAUGGCAGAAGGAAGAUGUGGGCCAGUGUAUUGGGCCGUGUUACCCGGUGAAAUCCAUGUGGCAAUCAAGGUUCUUGAGCAUGUCAGAGACGUUGAUUAUGAUGACUCUGUUGCUAUGUUUGUUGAGUUAUCGAAGCUGAAGCACCCUAAUCUGUUGACUCUCUCAGGUUACUGUAUUGCAGGUAAGGAGAAGCUAGUGCUAUACGAGUUUAUGGCCAACGGCAAUUUAGGGCGAUGGUUACACGAGCUUCCAACCGGAGAUACCAACAUCGAGGAUUGGACUGACGACACAUGGGAGUUCCAAAACAUCAUUGUUGAAGCAUCCCCAGAAAAAAUGGGGUGGCGGACACGCCAUCGAAUCGCGGUGGGGAUAGCGCGUGGCCUCGCCUUUCUCCACCACGCGGGUUCAAAACCUAUUGUACACGGCCACCUUGUAACCUCCAACAUUUUACUCACCGAUAACUUCGAGCCACGAAUCUCCGAUUUCGGAUUGCGAAUAGACUCAGGUUACAAUUGUGACACAACAGGUGAUGUAUAUUGCUUUGGAGUGGUUUUGAUGGAACUGCUAACCGGGAAGAUUACUACAUCGGAGAUAAUUGCGGCGGCUAGAAAGGCGGCGAAGGAAGGACAGCAUGUUAAAGUGCUUGAUGAGAGGUUGAAUAUUGAAGAGGACUCAAUGGUGAGUGAGAUGGUGGAGAGUCUCAUGAUUGCUUUCUUGUGUACGGCUGAGUCGCCUUCCAAGAGACCCACCAUGCAACAAGUUUUGGGCUUACUCAAAGAUGUUCGUCCUCAUGAAUCAUUUGUUCUAAGUUGA